UUAGAAAAUUAUAUGUUAUUUGUUCAAUACAAUUAUAAAAGUUUAAAAAAAAAUUACAAAUAGCUUGAAAUAAAAGUGCAAUAUAGUGAAUUUUUAACUAAUAAAAAAUAUGAGUGACUCGGACGAGGAUGCCCGGGAACAGGUGCGUCUGAUUAAACAUCGUGAAUUGAGACAAGCGGUUACUACGGGCGAUGAACGAACUGUACGUGUUCUUUUGGAAGCUUUGGGUAGUGAGAGACAAAUCAUUGUCAAUAUGGCUCCGGGUGGUGCUAAUACUUUGUUAUUUUUAGCCUCUCAGUCUGGUUAUGAAAGUAUAACAAAUCGUUUAUUAGAUGCUGGUUCGGAUGGUCGUUCCCAUACCGUAACAAAAUAUUCACCCUUGUAUGCAGCUGUGCACCAUGGUCAUUAUAAUAUUGCCAAAACUAUGUUGGAAAAGUUUCCAGAUUUGAUACAGCAACCCACUGUUGAAAAAUGGCUUCCUCUACAUGCGGCCUGCAUUAAUGGUCACAUUGAAUUGCUCGAUUUACUUAUCAAUUUUCACUAUCCCGAAUACCUCUACUCAACAUAUCGCGAUGAAGAAGGCGUAUGGGAAUGGCGUCUGGCCUACGAUCCUAAUGCUCAAGAUGUCACCGGACAAACUAGUCUUUAUAUAGCCAGCAUUUUGGGCAACAAAGCUCUAGUCAAUGUUUUAGUUAAGUGGAAGAUUAAAGCUCGCAAAACUUGUGCACAAAGUCCCCAAAGUAAUCCCAUAACACCAACACGUAAACGUAUUUCCUUUGGUAUACAAGCCAUAAUGUCGAAACUAAACAUAAGUGGUGAUGGAGAACAAGCGAUUAAAGAAGAGUCUCUAGAAUGUGAAAAAUGUCCUAUAAAUGUUAAUUUAUUGUGUGGUGCAGCCCGGGAGACACCUUUAUUGGCGGCGGUAAGAGGCGGAUUUUUGGAUGUGGUUACUGUGCUCUUGCAGAAUGGUGCAAAUCCAAAUAUUAUUGCCAAACCGGUAGAGGAUCACAAUGAUCCAAAGUGCAGUGAGGAAAUCUAUGGUCUGAGUAAUGUUCCUAUAGCGGAGGCAUGUAAACAAAGAUCUUUGCCCAUGGUAGAGUUGUUGUUAAAGUAUGGUGCCCGAGACGAUAAUGGCUCGGCUUUAAGUGUGGCUGUUGCUUCAGAGGAUGAAUCUAUUUUAAAUUGCUUACUUGCCAAACGUGUCCACCCAGAUUCUGAUUAUAAAAUCAAUAAAAAAGGCUUGCCUACACCUGUGGAAGUAAAAGUAUUUCUGCCUUCUGCUACAAAUAUUUCCUAUAGUACAAUGUUUCCCAACACUCCGGUCAUUAUUGAUUGGCACAACAAUACCAAUGUCCAAUUGCCUUUUGUGAGGGUCAAUUGGAUGGUUAAUGGUGUUUUACAAUUAAAUCCGAAACUUCAAGGUCACCCUAAAAUCACGGAGGUGGCUUUAACCGCCAUAACACGCAUUGAUUUUUCUCACAAUCACCUUAUUAGCUUGCCAAUAGAGAUUUUUGGUUUGGUUUCUCUAAAAUAUUUAAAUGUAGCACAAAACAAAAUAACACAAUUGCCAACACCUCUCGCUAAUACCCCGGGAAGCCGGGCUUCCUAUUCAUUGCCGGUUUUAGAAGAAUUCUAUAUACAAGAUAAUCAAUUGAUAACGAUACCCGCUGAAAUGUUUCAUUUGCCAGCAUUGGCCAUAUUGGAUAUAUCGAAUAAUAAGCUGCAAGAAAUGCCCUUUGAUAUGUGGAAAGCUCCUAAAUUAAGGGAACUAAAUAUUGCCUUUAAUUUGCUAAAAGACUUGCCCGUACCACCCAUGCAAACCUCAUCGUCACAAUUGAGUUUGGAUAAAUUGGACUUGGAACCCUUUUCCAAUUUUGACGUCUAUGGCAAUGAUAAUAAAAAUAAGACCCGCAUUCUAACACUACAGCCCUUGGUGCACCGAAAUAUAUGGUCUUCUAGUUUAGAGAUCACAGACAACGAUAUGAAAUGGAAUGAAUCGAAGAAGGAAGAAGGUGUUUCACAGCUCAACAGCUUGAAUAUAGCCAAUAAUUUAUUUACUAGCAUACCGGCAGCAUUGCCCUGCUUGGCCGUCAAUUUGACACGUCUGAAUAUGUCCUACAACAGUUUGCGCUCCAUGGGUCAUGUCACCAGUUAUCCCGCUACUCUCAAACAAUUAGAUUUAAGUCAUAACGAAAUAUCUUGCUGGCCCAGUCUGCCUCGCAUUACAGAAUCAGAUCCUCAUCUUUUGUGCUACAGUUUUGUGGCUCAAAACCAAGGUGGUGAAAAUGAUGAAAUACCUUCAUUUGCCAAACAUAAUCCGAAUAAUCCCAAAUCCUCAUCGUUUAGAAGUACCGUAUUAAAAAGUGUUUGUCGACAUAGAAGACACUUGCGUUUAGAAUCAUUGAGGACUUUGAUUUUGGCCGACAAUCUAUUGACACGCAUACAAUUGUCCACGGAUGAUGUGACAACGCUGUUCAAUGAUUCCGAUGAUUCAGAUUGGAGUGUGGUGGGCUUAACUAAAUCCAAACUCAUAUUUCCCAAUCUCUCCAUGUUGGAUAUUAGCAAUAAUUGUCUCAAAGAAAUACCCACUGCAUUACAUGAACUCACCAGUCUUAGUGUUUUAAAUAUAAGUGGCAAUGUGAAUGUUAUGGAUUUACCUCCCCAUUUGGGUCUACUAACACGCCUGUGGAAUCUUAACACACGUGGAUGUCUUUUGCAGGAUCCGCUCAAGUCCAUGAUUGAAAGUAAAAAGUAUAAAACUAUGGAUAUCAUAGGCUAUUUAAAAUCGAUUUAUGAAGAUGCUCAACCCUAUGCUCGCAUGAAAUUGAUGGUGGUUGGAGUUCAAGGUAUAGGUAAAACCACACUACUAGAUCUAUUGCGACAGGGUGUAGGCUCUCAAAGAUCUAGAGCUUCGGAAAAUCACUGGGCUAAACGGAUGGGUCAUACUAAGAACUUGUCAAAGUCUCAAAAAGGUGGCAAUAUUUCUACAGUGGGUGUUGAUAUUGGUACGUGGAUUUGUGAGAAGAGAAAAAAGGCUCCUGGCUCUCAUGGUCCGGUAAUGUUUCGCACUUGGGAUUUUGGUGGACAAAAAGAAUAUUAUGCCACCCAUCAAUAUUUUCUCUCUAAGCGUAGUCUGUAUUUAGUUUUGUGGAAAAUCACCGAUGGCCACAAAGGUCUGGCUGAGAUUCUGCAAUGGCUGGGCAACAUACAAGCCAGAGCUCCCAAUUCUCCAGUCAUUAUAGUGGGCACAUAUUUCGAUGCGGUGGGUGAAACAUUUUCCGCCGAAAAAGCCGAGGAAUUGCAACAAAUCAUUAGGGAAAAAUUCAUUGCCAUACCAGAUGCUGAGAAAAUUGGUCUACCUCGUGUUAUAGACUCUAUAGAAAUAAGUUGUCGAACGAUGCAUAAUAUACGCCUUUUGGCAAAUAUUAUCUAUGAUACCGCCUUUAUGUUAAGAUCACCUGGUUCCAAGGAGCCACUACUACUACAGAAAAUACCCGCUAGUUAUAUUGCCCUGGAGGAUAUUGUCAAUGUUAUUUCGUGCAAUCUGAGAGGAGCCGGCUUAGAUCCUGUUUUAGAUGCCGAAAACUAUAGAAAACUAGUGACCGAAGAAAUGCGCUUGCACAACUAUAAAAGUUUUCGUGAUUCGUCGGAACUUAAUCAAGCCACCAUGUUUUUACACGAUAAUGGUGUGAUCUUGCACUAUGAUGAUGCCACUUUGAGAGACUAUUAUUUCCUAGAUCCUCAAUGGCUGUGUGAUAUGCUGGCUCAUGUGGUAACGGUUAGAGAAAUUAAUCCAUUUGCUCGUACCGGCAUAAUGAAAUUGGAUGAUCUAAAUUUACUAUUUCGCAAUACGAAUAGUCAGCAGGGUAUGAAUGCUAAUCGCUCAUAUAUAGUUAGCCUUUUGAAUAAAUUUGAAGUGGCUCUAACAUGGGAUUCCAGGACACUAUUAAUACCCUCGCUGUUGCCACAAAAUGAGGAUGUGACACCCAAUACGGGGACAGUUGUUAAGAUUUCUCAGCGUACUCGUGGUCGUAACUUAAAUUUAGGUUGUUCCGUUUCGAAUGAAAUCAAUUUGAAUAGUUUGUUUUAUAAACCGUUGGAUAACAACAGCAGCACCUCAAAUAGCGAUUCCAAUAUUUUGGAAAUGGGCCUUAGGCGUAUUUUACUAAUGACCUAUUUUCCUUCGGGUUUUUGGUCUCGUUUGAUAACCAGACUUUUAGCAGACGAACAGCUAACAGAAGCAAUAAAAUCAGCUUAUGUACCCUCGAAUGAUCAAUCUCUUGAUUUCGAUUUGCGUACAUCUCUGGAACAUGACACCCAAUGGAAUUUAUGGCAAACUGGUGUGUCGCUGUAUUACGGCCCCAUAUUGGUGUUCAAAAUCUGGGAAGUCCCAUUUCAAUCGGCCGUCAAUACCCAACCGUUUCGUAAUACUAAUAAUCGUUUCAAACUUAAACUCGAUGGUAUCUGGAGCGAUAUAAAUUUAUGCAAUUCUAGCAUAUUGGAAAUUUAUUUCCCUCUCACACACAUAAAUAUACUGCAAGAAAUCGACGAUGGCGACAGGCAGCAUUUGGCACGAAUUGAACCAAAUAUGCCAGUUAUUGCUAAACUGUUGGCGUUAUCUGUGGAUCAUAUUGAUUUGUUGCUAGAAGAUUGGUAUCCCUCAUUGGGUACACGUUUCGUGCACACGUCAGAGGGUCGGUUUUUAAUAACUCGCCUGGUAAUGUGUCCAAAGUGUUUGAAAAAGCUGGCUUUAAAUGGCAAAAAAUCGGAUAGCAGUGAUGGCGGUUCCAAUGGUGAAUCUUCGGAUAAUUCAGGGGCAAUGGGUGCUGUUGGUUACACGAAUAAAUAUCGAGCUAGAAGACCUUUGUAUUUGCACAAUGACAAUAAUGAGGAUGGAGCACUCAAUGUUUUUUCGGCUUAUUUAAAUGCCACAGCAAAAAGGGAAAGAAGAUCGGAAGAUUCCCUUUGUUCAGAUGCAGAUUCUGGUGUGGGUCCCGACUCUGCCGGCUCUUCGCGUAACACCUCUGUAGAUAGUCAUCCUUUAUACAAUAUACCCGAUAUAUCAAAUGUCUGUUAUACGUGGAUGAUAGAAGAAUGCAUACUGUCCGUUUAUAAUCAAAACAAAAUCUCUUGUCCUGUUCAUCUGGAAAUGCACAUGUUAAAUUUAGCUCCUGAUGUAAUAUUUGCUGACAUACCAGACAAGUAUACCAUUAAUUCCGAGAGCAUUAUAAAAGGUUCCCUAUUAGGGCGAGGAGCAUUUGGUUUUGUUUUUAAAGCCACUUGUAAAAUCAGAAAUUCUCGUUCCUUUAGAGCGGUGGCCAUGAAAAUGCUGCAACCUGUACCGCCAGGCCCUAGAGCAAAAGAAAGUGCUCUAAUGGCUUAUAAGGUGGCUUUGGGCAAAUGGGAUCGUGAUCCUUUACAGCAUGCUUGCAAGGCUUAUUGUACAGCCCGACAAGAACUAGCUGUACUAUUGACUCUUAAACAUCCCAAUAUUGUGCCACUGGUGGGUAUUUGCAUAAAGCCAUUGGCUUUGGUCUUAGAAUUGGCCCCUAUGGGUGGUUUGGAUUCCAUUUUGCGACAACAUCGUCGCAGUGGUGCUCAUAUAGGACCUCACACAUUUCAAAUAUUGGUGCUGCAAGCUGCUCGUGCUAUUGAAUAUUUGCAUCGUAGACGUAUUAUUUACAGAGAUUUGAAAUCGGAAAAUGUUUUAGUGUGGGAUUUCCCACAGCCUCAUGCCGAGGAUAGUCCACGUAAUAGUGUCCACAUUAAAAUUGCGGACUAUGGUAUAAGUCGUCAAACGGCUCCUAGUGGUUCUAAAGGAUUUGGUGGCACCGAAGGUUUUAUGGCUCCGGAAAUUAUACGCUACAAUGGCGAGGAGGAAUACACCGAGAAGGUUGAUUGUUUUUCAUUUGGUAUGUUUAUUUAUGAGAACAUAAGUCUACGUCAGCCAUUUGAGGGUCAUGAAUCUAUCAAGGAAUGCAUAUUAGAGGGCAGUAGGCCAGCUCUCACACAAAGAGAAACACAAUUUCCCACAUAUUGUUUGGACCUAAUGGUGUUAUGUUGGGAUGAACUGCCUAAAAAACGGCCAACAGCCAGUCAAAUUGUGUCCAUACUAAGCGCUCCUGAGUGUAUACAUCUUUUGGAUGUUAUCGCUCUGCCGUACAAUGAUAAAGUUGUAAGCGGAGCGUUUAGUUAUAAUAGUACAACUAAUACUGAAGAUGAUACGUCCGGUCUAGAAUUAUGGUUACCUGCUUACAACUCACACAUAGAUAUUUUAGAUACCACCCUACAAGGUCAAUUUUUACAAUCGAGUAGUAUUAAAUGCACAAAUAAAUUUUCACCCCAAGACCAAAAAUCACCGCGCGUCGAAGAUGCCAAUCACAAAUCUUCCUCCGCGUCGCCCAUCAAUACGCCUUCCUCCCUGCAAGCCGGCUCAUCAGGCUCAUCGUCUCGCACACCCUCAGCUACACGUUUGCCAAAAAUCAAUAUGCUGUGUAGUUGCAUUAUUGAACAAAGCAUAUGGAUUGGUGAUGCUUCCGGUACUCUACACUCCUAUAGUCUGUCCGAUUAUAGUCAUAUAUUUUCAUAUAUACUGGAUCCAGCCAUCAAAUCGCCGCUUAUAACACUUGUAUAUUUGCGUGAUAUACAACGUGUGGCUGUAGGGCUACACAAUGGUCGAGUGUUUCUGGUGGAUUCGUCUAAGGUGCCCUCAAAUUGUGCAUUUGCCGAAGGUUCGUUUGUUUUGACGGAAAUUUGUUCGGGCUUGAUCUUGCAUUGUUCGUGUGCGGUAAUGAUUGAGGGCACUUAUGAAUUGUGGUGCGGUGAAAUGGCUGGUAAACUCAAUGUAUUUCCUCUCAGCAAAACGGGAGUAUGCGGUCAUCAGGCUUUAUGUCACAGUGAUGAACCAAAUGCCAUUGAAGAUUUAAAGGUGGCACGAAUGUGCAGUAAUGAAUCUUAUGUUUUUACUUGUCUUUAUCCUGGUUUUAUGGUUUAUCAAUGGCAUGCCAUCAAUAAACAAAUUGAAAAUAAAUUAGAUUGUUCCAAACUCUUGCCCUGUUCGGAAUCAUUAAAAAGCAUAGCUAUAGACGAACAUCUUAGUCUAAUAAAAUGUCAAAUUUCUGCUCUCUGUAUACAUGGCAAGGAAUUGUACAUUGGCACCACAUGGGGUUGUCUAAUUAUAGCUGAAGUGAAUACUUUACGACCAAUUACCGUUUUUCGACCAUAUGAAAAUGAAAUCAAAACCAUUAUAGCUGUACCAAAUCAAAAUGUACCUCUCAUAGCCACCGUUGGCAGGCGUUAUCGUUCGCUAAUCUCUCGUUAUAUGGAUUCAGUGGAAUCUUCUUCAAGACAUAUGGCUACACCCACUCACGCCUUUGAACAUUUGAAAAAUCAAUAUAAAAAUCAACCACAGGAUGUGGAUAAUCAUAUACAUGUUUUGUUGUGGAAGGCAAAAAAUUGGACAUAAAUUUUAACAUAGAAAUAUCAACAAGAUUCGAAUAUUACGAUGUUUUUCAAAACACCAGCACUACAUCUACUAUUAUGCACCCCUCUCUUAUAUAACUUUGUAACACAUUGAUACUCAUUUAUGAACAAAUUUUUAUUUUUAACACAAUUUCUUUCUAGUGUUCUUUUUAAAACAAAACCA